UCAACCUCAAUCAACUUCCGUUACAAGUGGCAAGAUGGCGUGGACAUCGUAUUUUCUGGUUUCUCUUGCAACCUUUUCAGUUGUUUCAGGCUUAUAUUUUCAUAUUGGAGAAACAGAAAAGAAAUGUUUCAUAGAAGAAAUUCCCGAUGAAACAAUGGUUGUUGGCAAAUACAAAGUUCAGGCUUUUGACCACAAUGUAAAAGAUUACAUGCCGGUAGCACCAGGUAUUGGUAUGCUAGUGGAGGUCAAGGACCCGGAGGGCAAAAUAGUUCUCUCCAGGACUUAUGCAGCUGAAGGUCGGUUUACCUUCACCUCCCACUCGGCUGGGGAGCACGUGGUUUGUCUCCACUCCAACUCUACAGCCUGGUUCUCUGCUGGACAACUGCGAGUGCACCUUGACGUGCAAGUAGGGGAGCAUGCAGUUGACUACCAGCAGAUCCAGGCCAAGGACAAACUAAGUGAGCUUCAGCUGAGAGUGAGGCAGCUGCUGGACCAGGUGGAGCAGAUCACCAAGGAACAGAACUACCAGAGGUACCGAGAGGAGCGGUUCCGGUCCACCAGCGAGAGCACCAACCAGAGAGUACUGUGGUGGUCCAUUGCUCAAACACUCAUCCUCCUUGUAACAGGAUUCUGGCAAAUGAGACAUUUAAAGAGCUUCUUUGAGGCUAAGAAAUUAGUUUAAUUAAUACCUUCAACAUGGGCACAGUUAAUGAAAUCACAAAAUUAAAACCCAAAGAACAGAACUAAGAAUAAUAUUUUUAAGUGAAAUCGAACUUCAGGAAACAGUUGAAACAAAUUUAAUUUUUCAUGAUGUUAAAAGAGCUCUGACUGAAGGAUGAGUGUUGUAAGAGUUACUUCCCUUAGCCCAUUUCCUGGUUGUCUAUUCGUGAAAAGCUUCCAUUUUCUAACAGUUAUGAUCAUCGUGAUUAUAUCAUUCCAUUGUCAUGACAAGUCCUAGUUCUACUGACUGUGUCCACAAUAACUGCCUUAAAAUCAUGGAAACCUGUUGUGUGACUGGCUGUUUGAAAGAUCAUCUGGAGCAAUUGGUGAAUGCAUGGGGAUGAGUGUUGUUGUCUUCAAGAUUUAAGAAUAUAUGCACGUUUUAUUUAAAUAUUAUGUACAGUACUUUCAGGUAUUUUAUUUGGAUUAUUUUCCUGCUAAUCCAUUGAGUGUUAACAUGUUCUGUACUGUUUGUUCUGUCUUGCAUGGUAAAUAUAAACAGCAGUGGGUAUUACGUACUGAAUGUGACUGUACAUAAGUUGGUUGAUGGAGUGUUAGUGUUUGGGUUUGGGAAAGACAUCAAUAUAAUCUGUAACUCAAAAGCUGUAAACAGGCUAUAGAUGUUAUCAUUGUAAAAAAUAGCAGUAAGUGUUGUAAUUUUGUUGAAAUAAAAUGAUAGUCCUUUUUGUUAUCAUGCGAGUAUUACAGUUUUUGUUAAACUUUUCUAGUAGCACAGUUGACUCAAGAUUGAUAAUCUUCCAUUGACGUUUUGAGACAACUGAGGCAUAUAUAAAUUUCUUGAAUUGAUCCCAAAUUCCCGAGCAUUUAGGUUAGGAAAGAAUUGAGCUACUGUCUGCCCAUUUAACAGAUCUGAAAGGAAAAUUGAUCAUGUAAGGAGUGAAAUUUUGAUAACCCUAGUCACUGAAUGAUAGCCGAAAGACUUGCUGAAAUAAUAUUUUUAAUAGUCAGAAUUUACCAUUAAAAUAACUGAGAAGCUGGUUUGCUCUUUUGUUUGGCUGCAAGAAAUUCUUUAUUAACAAUUUGUGUGAUAUGCUAAGCUUUAAGAAGUAACAGGAUAGCAUGGAGCUUUAGCUUUCUGUAUCAUUCAGAUAGGUCAGUGAUGUAAUUAUCUUGGUAGCUAUAAUAAAUAUGUUUUAUGAAAAAUUA